CUGCCUGUUAAAUUAGUUGAAUCCGUAAACUAAUACAAAUAACCAGUGGUUAAAUUUUUCAACGCUCAAGAAGCAUCAUCAUACCUGCCCAGUUGAGUUGUACAGCAGUUUGGGAAGCUCUCAUCAACCUCGAAAGCGUUCCAAGUACCUGCCUCUAUUGCGUGUUUCGUAGAAGCAUAAGGCAGGAACGGAGCAACAUUUUCUGCAGUGGUGUUCACACCAGCCCGUCUAAACUCAAACCUCACCAAGAGCAGGCUAUCAGAUAGGAACAGACAUCAUGUAAGCUCUCCCGUCACAGCCGUCAUCACCGGCAGAAAAGCUCCUACAAUCCAUCCGUCCUACUACCAGCCAUACAAUGUCACGUCGAAGCACCGAAGGAAGUCGUUUCUCCAUCUCUGCUCAGUGGAACCGCGCCUUCUCCAUGCGCUCCUCCAACCGCUCGUCCCACUCCACCGCCUCGACCACAUCCACCACCACCCACCACCGCAAGCCCUUCUCCUUCGCCUCCCUGCGCGGCUCGCUGCAGCCGGAGCUCUCCAAGCGGCUCCACCGCCUGAUCAAGUCGGCCAACAGCCUGGUCGGCGCGCACGAGACGGCCGCGCGCGCGCGCGUGUCGGUGGCGACGCAGCUCUCCGAGUGGGGCGAGCAGACGGGCGACGAGGCCGUGUCGGACGUGAGCGACAAGGUCGGGGUGCUGCUGUCCGAGCUGGGCGAGCAGGAAGAGAGCUAUGCCCAGCGGCUGGAGGAAGGCAGGGGACUGUUGAAAGUGAUUCGCGACACCGAGCGCAGCGUGCAGCCGAGUCGGGACGGGAAGCGCAAGAUUGCCGAUGAGAUUGCCAAGGUGAAGGGCGCUGCGGCGGGGAGGGGGGAGGAACAAAGUUCUGCUGGUGGUGGUGGUGGUGGUAGUGGUGGUGGGGGGACCAGGCUGGUGACGCUUGAGCAGGAGCUGGUGAGGGCUGAGGCGGAGAAUCUGGUUGCGGAGGCGCAGUUGGGGAAUGUGACCCGCCAGAAGCUACGCGAGGCCUACACCGUCGAGUUCCUGGCGACCAUCGAGCGGGCCGAGAAGCAGUUGAUCCUGGCGCGCCACGGCCUGCGGCUGCUGCAGCUGCUGGACGACUCGCCCGUCGUGCCCGGCGACGUGCGCCCGCGCUGGGCGCAUGCCUCGCAGGCGCGGCAGGUGCUGAACGACGCCGAGGACGACCUGCGCGAGUGGCGGCUGGACGCGGCGGCGCUGCUCGGGAGUGGUGGUGGUGGUGGUGAUGAUGCUAAGACUGUUGCUGUCGACGACCAGGGGACCGCCACGGCCGAACCGCCGCGGGAGCAGGAGAGGGAAAAGGGAAAGGGGAAGAAGGAAAAACAGAAACAGAAGGAAGCAGCAGGAGAAGAUGGGGAUGGAGUGAGCCUUGCCGAGGAGGAUAGCGGCGGCGGUAGCAUGGCUGCUAGAACUUGAGAUCUGACCAGUCUGUGGGAGUAAGGGGGAUGGAUGAGUGAGUCGGUUGCGUUCUUGUCGUUUGGAAGUUGAAUGUGCGAUCACAUAUACCUAGUUCGCGAACCUGUUUAACCCCUGCAAUUGUAUGCGAGUUUAUUUAGUCCGACACCACUGGAGGAGAAACAGAUACCAUACGCCGUCGUCGCACUGUAACCACACAAAGAAGCCUGCUACCUUGGAACAACCAUACCAAUAUGUCAUGAUACCACCUGUCCCGCCCGCUGCAUUGGAAUUCCCUCAUCAAACAGUCGCCGUAACGCGCCUCACGCUCUUCCGGGCGCCCUCCCCGCUGAUCAUGACGGCGCCCUCCAUCUCCAGCGUCCGCAUCACCUCGGCAAACUCGCCCGGCUCAAUCAGCACGUUGGCGCCCUCGGCAAACUUCCGCGCCAGCUCGGAGAAGCGCA